AGAGAGUUUUGAAUGUGUUUGGGAAUGCGGUGCAGUGGCGACGAGAGCUGGAGCGAUGGUGGAUGCCCCCAGCAGCUCUGGGAAGCUGGCCACGGUGACGCAGGCAUGGCAGCUUUACGUCGCUCACGCAUCGCUCAUGUUGCGUUCUGCUCCGCAAUCAUUGUCUUGCGCGCCUGUCGUCAACAGCGAGUUUGAGAGCUCUGUUCGCGCCCUGUGUGAGCAAGGGCUCGCACAUUUUGUUGUCAGCUACUUUCUCGAUGCCCUCGAGAAGUCAUUUAAGCAGCACGAGAUUGCUAGUCUAUGGCAACGAUUGGACGAGUUCAGCAGAUUGAAACAAGACGGUGCCAACGAGCCAGGCAAGCUUAAUGAGUGGGUUCAGUCUACCUUCCCGAAAGUGCUUUCAGAAGUCAGCUCCGCUAAGUUGGCUCAAGAGGAGUCUCUCCGGUUGCUUACUCAACUCAUUUUCCAUGGAACUUCUGGACAUUCAACUGAAGUGGAGCGCUAUCUGUCUCACUAUCACACUGCUAUUAGUGCUCUGCUUCUCACAAGUGCACCGCAACAAUUCCCAGAAAUUUUAAAUCUGUACUUUAAGGCGCGGUUAGAGGAGUUCAGCAAAGCAAUGAGACAACAUAAUCGUAGCACACAGAGUUGUGGGAGUGAGGGAAGUGAUGAUGAUGAUGUAUCAGAAGAAUCUGAAGUUAUCAAGGGUGAGGACGAUGAGAUGGAGAGCAUACGGAGCAGUCAUCGUACCUCCGCAGAUGACAUGGAAAUCAAUGAUAGUCAGUUCGACAAUCAGAAAGUCAAAUCAGUUGAUGACACACAAGAAGCUCGCGACAUGGAAGGAGUUGACUUUGUGGCAGUCAGUGAUCUCAAACUCAGCACUGGUGCUGCGACAAUGGAAGAAGUUGCUGUUGUGGCUGGUGAAGAGUGGGUUACUGGUCUAGGUACGGUUAUUCGCAACCUGCGUCGCAUCGGCUUUGCAGCGCUGAGUGAGGAAGGAUAUGCUUCUUCUAUAUAUUCCCUUCUGAAGGUUAAAAUUCAUGCAAUUACCAACAAACGCUAUGAUAAGCCAGUUUUGGAGUCCAUUCGUUCCUGGAUAGAGGCUGUUCCACUCCGCUUCCUGUUUGUAAUUCUGGCAUCUUCAGGAGCUCCGCCUUCAAAGACUUCUCUGGCAACCUUCCCUUCACCUUUAGCAUCACUAUCAAUACCUACCACUGGAGCGGAUGAAGCAGUGAAAGAGGGAGUGGUCAGAUGGCGCUUGCGGCUUCAUUUUUUUGCUUAUGAGACUCUUGGUGACUUGCGAAUCACUGAAUUAUUCGACAUCAUUGUUGAUUAUCCUGAAAGUUUACCUGCUAUUGAGGACCUACGGCAGUGCUUGACAAACACCAGACAUCAUUCUAAGCUUAUAGACUCCUUUCGUACCUCAUUGCGACAGCGGUUGCUAACAGCAGGAGCUGCAACUACAGAUAUUUUGCUACAAUAUGUGUCAACCAUUAAAGCUUUGAGAACCAUGGAUCCAACUGGGGUGGUGCUUGAAGCAGUUAGUGAGCCCAUCAGAGAGUACCUUCGAGGCCGCAAAGAUACCAUUAGGUGUAUUGUGACAAUGCUAACUGAUGACACAGGAGCGGGUGGAAGUGCGGGGUUAGGUGGAGUAGGUGAGAGCUUAUUUGAAGAACUGAGUCGAGGUGUAACUUCUCUUGAGAAUGUUGGGAGUGAUGAUGAUGCGGAUCUGGAUGGGAAUGAUGCUUGGGCUGCUGCAGAAAGGUGGGAACCGGAUCCUGUAGAGGCGGACCCAUCUAGGACAACCAAAAGUCGGCGAUUAAUGGAUAUUAUUAGCAUGUUGGUUGGAAUCUACGGUUCAAAGGAGCUGUUUGUGAAUGAGUAUCGAGUAAUGUUGGCUGAAAAGCUGCUAAACAAGUCAGAUUUCGACACAGACCGCGAUAUUCGUACACUGGAGUUACUGAAGCUGCGAUUCGGUGAGAACAACAUGCAUGGGUGUGAAAUCAUGUUGAAGGAUCUGGCGGACUCUAAACGCAUCAACACCAAUAUCAAGGCUGUAGCCGCUGCGAAACUCAACCAGCAUGGCCCGACUGUUCCUGGCACCCCCUCUGGCCCAGUAACUCCACCAAGUGAUGCAGGAUACAGCACGCCACCCGCAACUGUGGGUAUGAUCGAUUCUCAUCCACAAGCUACUGUCAUACAGAGCCUGGGAUCUCAGAACGAUGAGAUCGUCAGCGUAGAUGGAGACAAAAAGCUGCCUCUGGAUGUCUUGGAGGCUACAAUUAUUUCAUCACUGUUUUGGCCACCAUUUCAGGUAGAGACGUUGAAAGUGCCAGCAGUUGUGGAUGAGCUCUUAGAAGAGUAUGCGCAGCGCUAUCAUGCUGUCAAAGCACCAAGAAAGCUUCAAUGGAGAAAAAAUCUUGGCACCGUUAAGUUAGAACUGCAAUUUGAGGAUCGAUCAGCGCAAUUCGUGGUGUCACCCAUGCAUGCAGCCAUAAUCAUGCACUUUGAGAACCAGCCAAGGUGGACAGCCACGGCACUGGCAGAAGCAGUUGGGUUGCCAGUUGCGACAUUGCGGAGACGGAUUAUGCUUUGGAUGAAUCAGGGAGUUCUUGUUGAAUCGCACAAUACUAAAGAUGGGGAUAUAGAGUAUAGUAUCGUGGAAACUAUGGGGGACGCUGGAUCUCGGGCAGGUGCUGGUGCUCCUUCCAUGGAUUCAGCGCUGCCAUUGUUGGGUGACGAAGAAAGAGAAAGUGCUGUGGCUUCCAUGGAAGACCAGUGGCAUCAAGAGAUGAAUGUUUACGAGUCUUACGUUAUCGGUAUGCUCACCAACUUUGACUCCUUGCCGCUAGAUCGCAUCCACAACAUGCUCAAAAUGUUCGUAUCGGACCCACCUUAUGACAAGACUCUGCAACAGCUGCAAGGGUUUCUUGGUCGUUUGGUAGGUGAAGAAAAGCUAGAAUUCCGAGAGGGUGUGUAUCGCAGAAGGCAGAUAUGAUAUGCUGAUAAAUAUCAAACAUUCUUAUGGUAUAUUUUAUUAAGGCUGCACCCAUGUUAGUGUGAUCAUCGGUUAGUAUGUUAAGUAGCCAGUCAAACAGAGAUGUCACAACAAAUCGGGAAGCUUAGAAGUUACCCUCCGGUUGACUUUCCCAGGAAUCUUGUGACGAAUUGGUUAGCUGGGUAUGCAAGAAUAUGAGCUUCUCUUAUGCAUUGCAAAGAAAUACCAAAAUUCACAAAUAUAGGUUGGUCACGUAAGCAUUUCGCUACUUGCACAAGAGAUCAUAUCUACCUCAAAUCGUGAGACUAGCGUUUUAAUUUAUUUCAAUUUUGACA